AUGGCUCAACAGAUGGUUGAGCCAUCUCAUAAAAUGGUUCCGGUCCCGACCUAUACAGGGGUGGGGGACAUCGAAGGGUAUAUCGAGCGCUUAGAGUGCUACUUCGAGCUGAUGAAGACUCGCACAGAGAGUAGAGUCCCUCUGUUGUUGUGUGGUCUGGCGGCAGGUCAGUACCAAACGUUGAGAGACCUGGUGACUCCCGAGGUUCCAAAAGAAGUGGCGUACGACACGCUCAAAGGGAGACUAAUCGAGCACUAUGGUUCUGUGAGGAACACUCGUUUAGAAAGAGCAAAGUUUCGGGCUCUUAGAAGAGACGAGAAGGAAAGUGUAGCUGAUUUCGAGGUGCGACUACGUAACGCGGGGAGUUCGUUAAAACUCUCGGAGGCCGUACAAGAGGCAAGCGCAUUCGUUUUGCUUGAUGCAAAAAGCGGACGUGAGGGCCAGAGCGACACACCCGUCUCCGUGUCGGCGAUCUCAAAGGGAAAUGCGGUUGUGUGCUUCCGUUGCGGGAAGAGAGGGCAUGUUGCCCGUGAUAAGAGUUGCAAGGCCGUUGACAAGAGAUGUAACGACUGUGCCGUCGUCGGACAUUUUGCGAAGAGCAAAUUCUGCCGGCUAGUAAGACCAGAAAAUAACCCCCAGUCGUCACGCGUUAGGAACGGCCGUGCGAACCAGAUCACCGAUGAGCACGCCGAUACCAAACAGGAAAAGGCGGUAACACAUUUGUUUUCCGUAGAGGUUAGAAACGUAAAGGAAGCGCCCACGUGCGAGGCAGAGAUUAGGGGUAUGGUAUUUAAUUUUAUCAUUGAUUCAGGAGCUGCCGCUAACAUAGUUUCUAAUCAAUUGUAUAAUAAGAUCAAACGUGAUGUGGUACUUAGGAAGACUACCAAAAAGUUAUUUGCUUUUGGGCAAUCGGUGCCUUUGAAAUUGAAAGGAGAGUUUGAAGCGGAAAUUACUGUAAAUGAUAACAAAGCUCUCGCUAUUUUUUACGUGUUUAAUGGAAAAGCAUCUGUCAACAAUUUGAUAAGUAACAAAACCGCUAAUGAGUUACGAUUACUUCAUGUCAAUUCCGUCACAGGUCAAAAGUGUCACGCCAGUCUAGAGACGGAAAUUAAGUCGAAGUUCACUCAGUGUUUCGAUGGGGUGGGUAAACUUAAGGGUACUAAGGUUAAGAUACAUGUAGACCCUGAUCGUGAGCCUGUAGCGCAACCGGUGCGCAGAUUGCCUUUCGGAUACCGAGAUAAAGUGGCAACUUUGCUGGAAAGGCUGGAAGCCGAAGAUAUCAUAGAGUCGGUAGAGGGGGUUGGUUCACGUUGGGUAAGCCCUAUUGUUGUAGUUCCCAAAUCGGACGGUGAUUUGCGAAUGUGUAUUGACUUCAGGAAGGUCAAUGAAGCAAUAAUUCGGGAGAGGUACCCCAUUCCCACUAUGCAGGAAAUGCUAGCAGCAUUGAACGGGUCCAAGGUAUUUUCUAAGUUAGAUUUAAAGCAAGGAUUUUUUCAGCUAGAGUUGGACAAAGAAUCUCGCGAAAUCACGACCUUUGUUACUCAUGUGGGUUUAUUCAGAAUGAAAAGGCUUGGUAUGGGGAUUUCAUGCGCUCCUGAGUUGUUUCAGUACACAAUUCAGAAGGUUCUUGCAGGGUUACCUGGAGUGUUAAACUUAGCUGACGAUAUUGUUGUUUUCGGUAAAGACGAACGCCAACACAAAGAGCGUUUAUUGAGUGUUAUGUCACGUUUGUCGGAAAGCGGGUUGACACUCAAUCCAGGUAAGUGUCAGUUCGGAUUAAGUUCGAUCACGUUUUUAGGGCAUGUUAUCUCUGACAACGGGGUAUCAGCCGACCCAGGUAAGGUCGAGGCAAUAGUAAACGCCCGGGCCCCAAUGAAUGUGUCAGAAUUAAGGGGAUUCCUAGGUCUGGUACAGUAUGUCGGUCGUUACAUUCCGGAUCUAGCCACCCUGUCCGCUCCACUUAGAGCAUUAACGCGCCAAUCGGUUCCAUUUGAAUGGACCCAGAAACAGGAAGACAGUUUUCGCGACAUGAAAAGGCUGAUGAGUGCUAGUGAGACGUUAGCAUAUUUUGAUAGAGAGAGCGAAACGACCGUGAUCGCUGAUGCGAGUCCAGUGGGAUUAGGAGCUGUCCUAGUCCAGAGAAAAGCAGGUGAGAACCGAGUAGUAGCGUAUGGGCAUAGAAGUCUAACAGAUGUGGAAAAGAGAUAUUCUCAGACAGAACGCGAAGCACUGUCAUUAGUAUGGGCUUGUGAACACUUCCAGAUGCAUUUAUUAGGUACAAAGUUCAAACUCAUAACAGAUCCCAAGCCGCUCACUCACGUGUUUAACAACGCGAAUUCCAAAUCAACGCCUAGGCUAGAGAGAUGGAGCUUGAGGUUAGAGCCAUUUGACUUUGAGCUACAGUACAAGCCAGGUGAGUCUAACAUCGCAGACCCGAUGUCUAGGUUAAGUAGAGGUCCCAGAGAAAGCACUAAAGUGGAUGACACAGGAGAUUAUAUUGCAGCGGUAGUGAGGGAAGCUAUACCGAUUGCAAUGUCAUGGGAAGAGAUUAAAACCAGUUCAGAUAACUGCGAUAGUGUCGAAAACAUGAAGGAAGCUUUGAAAACAGAUGCAACAUUUGCUAGGUAUGGGUAUCCAGAAGUGUUGAGGACGGAUAACGGUCCGCAAUUUAUCUCAGGUGUUAAAGAUAGCUACUCAGGAGAAGGCAGACAUGCAGAGAGAGAGUUUAGGAAGUUUGUUGCGGCAUACCGAUCUACGCCACACACGGGAACAGGGUGUACCCCAUUUUCGUUGAUGUUUGGGCGAGAAAUGCGCACAAAGCUUCCCCAGCUAGACUUUACAGCUAGUGAUCCUGAAUUAGCUAGAGACAGGGAUAGAGAAUACAAGCUAAAGCUGAAGAAGCAUGCCGACAAGAAGGCUAAAGAGAGUGAGAUUAAAGAGGGAGAUACAGUGUUAAUGAGGAAUGAACAACAAGGAAAGUUAGAGCCAAACUUUAGACCAGAAAAGUACAAAGUGGUAAGUAAGAAUGGUUCUGAUAUUGUUUGCGAAAGUGAGACUGAAGGCACGCUAAGGCGAAACGUUCAAUGCGCUAAGAAUGUGCCAGAGGCAACCAGUGAGAAGGUAAGUAAGGAGAACCAGGGUAACCCACAAUUAAUCCAAGACCCUAUAGAAAGCAACCUUCCUGUAGACCAACCUCCCGAACCGCCUUCGAUACGCACAAGUGUUCGAGCCCGCCAGCCUCCAGCACGGUUGAACGACUAUCUCGUGUAUCAGUAG